UUCAUCCCCGAGGAAGACAGUCGCCAAAUUCACCGAAGGUUGUUUACUGGUUAUAUUGUGGUGGAUAUGUUUUUCAAACUGAGUGCAACAGAUGGUGCAACAUUUUAUUUAAAUGACUUAAAACAAAAAUGGUUAAAAUUACACAUUACGCCUGAUGUUUUCGCAUAUAAUUUAAAUGUAACAAAAUCCAAGUUCUUACGAGUAAAUAAUGGUAUUUAUGUAGAAUAUAAUCCAGAACGUACACGGCUGCGGCGCAUACCUCAAACCAUUGAAAAACUGAGACCUGUAUUUGAUGAAGAGCAAUUUAAUUUCAAAAAGAUUAAUUCGCUUGAGCUACUGAUCAGCAUACCAUAUGAAGGCUCUAAAAUUUCGUUGAUAAUCAACAAAAGUCCACUAACGGUGUUCCACACGCUAAUCUGCCCAGAUGUAGCAGCAGGACUACCUCAAUGCUUGACGCCAUUGGCAUUGAAAUUUUGUAUUACAUUCUUACUUAGCUUGAGAGAUGAGGAAAAGUCAUUCCGUAUUGGAUACAACAGUCCCGGAGCACUGGCAUCUGUCAACCAUCUGCAUUUACAUCUAUUGUACAUUACUACUGAUCUAUACAUAGACAAAGCUGAAAUGAAAAUCUUGAAAGGUGGAAACAUUUUCCGCUUAAGCGAAAAUAUGCCGACGGAGGCGAUUUGCUUCCUUUUCAAAAAAUGGAAUGGCAGUGAACUAACCAUGCAAUUGCAGGAGCUUUAUAAUUUCAUUAUAUGGCUUUGUGAUCACAAUAUUCCGCAUAAUCUAUUUAUGACCCGUCAUCGCAGUCCACUGAAAGAUGAAACUCUAAAAGUGUUUGUGUUUACACGGAAAUAUUUUUGCUAUAUUAAGGAAUUAAAUACUUAUAAUAUUGGGUUUUGCGAAAUGGCUGGCUACGUAACUGUUGGAGAUUUACACUUAUAUGAAAAUCUUACGGAGCGACAGGUGAUUUCCAAAAUUCAAGAUGUAACUGGAAAUGUCUACAAACCAAUUUACGAGUAUUUCGAAAAUUAAAUGAAAUUGAGGUAGGUUCUGCAAUUCACUUCCAAGCGAAUUUCAGCAACAUUUAAUUUUAAUUCAAAGCGACUAGUUAAAAUACACUCGGAAGUGAGUUACAGAACCUGCCCAAAUCUGGCAACCACAACAAUAUUAGAUAAGUAGAAUUUAUCAGGAUAUCCUAAUGGUCUGAUUAUGCACACUUCGCACAAACUUCAAACUGUAAUUUCUUAUGUACUUUGCACGUAUUUUGUUUGUAUUCCAUCACCCAAAAAUUAGCAGAACAUUCAAAAACUUAGCAAUCUGUUGAGUUUAGAUUUUGCUUCACAUUUUCUUAAGUUGCAUUUUUUGCCCUGGUGUUGUUGUUUUGGACCUAUAAACCAUGGAUAACUAGAGCUCUGAGAGCGCGCCCAGGAACUCGUUUUCGUACUUGGCGGCACUGCCAAUCCCUGGGCAGAUAAACACCUGACACGCGAAGUGGCGAGCUACCACUAAAUGUGUGGAAAAUGCAUCACAUCGAAUUCAGGCGAUUUCUUCUUCCCGCAUUCUUUAAUAUUACUAAAAAGCAGUAUUUGUAACUAAACGCAAUUUUCCUGGCAACAUAAACAGUGAAAUAUAAAAUAGAUAUGAAGAAUAUUGCAACCUUUGUUCGUUGUGUUUA